GUAAAUUGCGUUGCACUUGUCAACAUUAAUCUGACAGAUGACUUGUUUCAUGCGUUGGAACUGUAGACUGGAAUGCACCGGAAGAUUUGGUCAAAAAGCACGCUACGUCAAAUCGGUAACCUGACGUCACGUGUCAACUUACUUGUGGGUACUACAACUAUGCAGACUGCAUACUGAAUGUUUGAUCAUACACAUGUCUUUACGCACGUUGGUGAACAGGUUUGCGACACGGUGUAUCAAACCUAGCAGGGGUUUUCAUCACGCCGCAAACCAAUCGCAAUCGAACGCUUGUUUCGAUAAAUUAGGCAGGUUUAUGUUGAGUGUCAGUGGUCUAGGAAUAUAAAACCAUCAAUUCUAUCUACAUUGUUGCUAUCUCAUUCUUUACCAACUUUUAACAUGAACAAGCGAUGCAACGUGGUGGACCUUGGGGUGCAAGUUGUUCACUGUAAACGAUUUUGUAUUGUGGAUACUGAGUCAUUCAAGGAUGCCAAUCGUUUGUGCGCUGAAGCGGGAGAGCUGCUACAUGAAAAUUCCUUUGGAGAAGAGGCAGAUAUGGUCAACAUUGAUUCCUUACGCAUAAGCGAAGACGAUGUUUUAGAUGCAUGGAUCAAAGAGAGUUUCGUCUGUGCUAUUUGCCGUGGACUAUUGGUAAGGUCCAGGGUAUUGGCUUGCGGCCAUCACUUUUGCCGUGAAUGCAUCCUUAAAUGGUUCACUAUUCGACAGAUGUGUCCCAUGUGUCGUCGACCUGGGCGGGUGAACACUCCAUCACUCGGAAUAGACAGGUUUCUUGACGAUGUUGUCGAGUCUAGUUCAUGCAAGUGGUUAAAAAUGCAGAGGAUGCAGCGCAAAAGGGAGGAAGCAAACACAGCUUCAGAUCGUUACGAAGAACGUGUUUCGGAGCCAAUGACAACGACCAGCAGCCACUUCCCACAGACGAUAUUCGCAAGCACACACGGUAUCUCAAACACCGCAGUUGUGGCAACCUCUACCUACACGAACUGGGUACCAUAAACGUAUAAACCCUGUGCACACAAAUAUCGACUAAAAUGUAUUGGUAUACCCAUG